AUGAAGCUGAGCUCACCGGCUCGGCCUUUACACUGGGGUCUCCUGCUCCUCUGGAUAGUGAGCCUCUGCAGCCGGGGACAGUCCAUUGGCAACCAAAGCUCCAGAGGACAGACAGGGUCAUCGCAGGAGAGGACGGGGACGUGUGAAGUGGUGGCGGCUCAUCGCUGCUGCAACAAGAACAAGAUUGAGGAACGCUCUCAAACAGUCAAGUGCUCGUGCUUCCCAGGACAGGUGGCGGGGACAACAAGGGCUCGGCCCUCUUGUGUUGAUGCCUCCGUUGUGCGUCAGAAGUGGUGGUGUAAAAUGGAGCCGUGUCUGGAGGGGGAGGAGUGCCGAGUUCUCCCUGACCUCACCGGCUGGUCGUGUAUCUCCGGGUACAAAGUGAAGACCACAAAGGUGGCGCGGUAGCCAGACGGAGGAUCCAUCUAAUUGGUCCGAGCCCGUCCCGGCCCCGCAGCCGUCACCUCACCACCUCUGGACGCCGAGGACAGUGGACCCCCCGUCACACAGAGCAAAGAACAAUAUAUAGAUUUAAUUAGAUAUCUGCUGGCUGAGUUUUA